AUGACGGAAAUCAAAGAAGUGAAGAACGACAAGGAAGAAGAUUCUGCAUGGUGGGACACUGCUAAGAGUGAGAAUGCUUGGUGGCACUCGAUUGUAAAAGCCAUUAUAACUGCUGGACCAGUAAUGUUGUCAAAGUUUGUCUCUGUGUCAGGUUACAACUCUACUCAAUUAAAUACAUACAUAUACACCUUUUAUGUUCCAUACCAUGUCGCGUUUGUUAUGGAUGGAAACAGGCGAUUUGCACGGUCUCAUCAUCUCGGACGUGUGAUUCGUGGUCAUGAAAAGGGCUUUCAGCAACUUGCUAAGGUACUGGAAUGGUGUCAGGAUCUUGGCGUGCGUGAGGUCACGGUCUAUGCCUUCAGCAUAGAGAAUUUUAAGCGCAGUUCUGAAGAAGUGAAUGGCCUCAUGCACUUGGCGGAGAAGAUGUUUGCAAAGCUCCUGGCAGAAAGAGAUAAACUCGAAGAAAAACAGAUUGCAUUUCGCUUCUUUGGUAACAUAGCAAUGUUGCCCGCGAAACUGCGCAAGCUUAUUGCACAGAUUCAACUCAGAACGAAAGACUACGACAGGGGUACCGUGAACGUUUGUAUGCCAUAUACAUCAACUGACGAGAUCGCACGAGCUUUCGAGCUGAUUCGAAAAGGAAGGCAAAAGGGAUUACUGGAAGAGAACCAGAUCUCUGAAUGGCUGGUGUCUCGCUGUCUUGACAGCCGACUGGGAACCGAUCCCAAUAUGCUCAUACGCACUAGUGGAGAAAAGCGUUUGAGCGAUUUUCUUUUGUGGCAGUGCAUCUCCAGUCAUUUAUACUUCGAUGAAGUCUUAUGGCCAGAUUUCAACUACUGGCAUUUGUGUAAAGCAAUACUCUCGUACCAGUAUCACUCCAGUUCUAUACAGGAAAUAAGACGAAAUCAUGAAGCAAGGGAACCAUCAAACGAAGAACAGUUGGCAUUACAACCAUUUCUCAAGUAUGUAGAUGAUCUGCAUUUUUCAACACUGCAAGAAUACGCAAACCUUGAGGUUUGAGAAAAAAUUGGGCUGUCAUCGUCAUAUGAGUCCUUUCAAAUCUUCCACAUUACUUGUGUAACGUUCUUUCUAUAAUUUUCCCCAUCCUGCCUUGAUCUAUGAGUCGUAAGCUUACAUUCCUAGAACAGUCUUAUUUACGGUUAUGAUAAGUUGCCCUCUUGCCCUAUCAGUUCUUUCCAAAUUGAAAAGUUAUUGGUAACUUUCGUGCUUUUAUAGCAGUUUUAUAGCAGCCAUGGUUGUGAGGAAACUUUGGUGAGGUUAGGUAGAAACAUAUUGCAAUGAGUAAAUAUUAGAGACAGACUUAUUGGAUGUAGAACUUCGUGGGCUUUGCACAAUAGAUGGUGAAAAUAACACAAAGGUUUUGUAUACUCU